AUGUCGCACUCUAUUUUCUAUGUUCUUCAUAUAUUUGUUAAUUUCAUAUCUAUAGUUCUUGACCAGUAUCAAAAGGCACGAUUGCUUUUUGUGCAAUCUGUCGUGGAUUUGUCUUCGAAAUCUAUCAACACGGACUGCUUGGAAACAACGGGUAUCAUAGACUUAUUAUGUCCCUUAUUAGCGGAUAUUGUGCCGUCCAUUCAACAUAUGACAGCGAUUGCUUUAGGCAAGCUGGCGAAUCGUAAUAUAAAGUUAGCACAAGCUAUUAUCAAGAGAAAUAUACUGUCACAGUUGCUGCAAAACAUAGACAGACAAAAUAAAUUUUACAAGAAAGCAGCGCUCUUUGUCCUGCGAUCAAUAGCAAAGCAUUCGUCGGAAUUGGCACUAAUAAUCGUAAACAACAAUGGCUUGCAGACUAUAGUUGAAUGCUUGAAACAUUUUGAUCCCGGAGUGAAAGAAGCGGCUGCCUGGGCAUUGGGAUACAUCGCGAGACAUGAUAAAAAUUUAGCUCAAUUAACAGUGGACGCUGGAGCGAUGUCACCUCUCGUACUGUGCUUGCAAGAAUCUGAAUUAUAUAUUAAACAAAUUAGCGCCUCAGCUAUUAGCGAUAUAUGUAAGCACAGCACAGAGCUUGCGCAGAUGGUAGUAGAUGCGGGUGCUAUUUCCGUUCUUGUUAAAGUCCUGACCAAUUCCGAUGCCAAAAUAAAGCGUCAAGCGUUAUUAGCAUUGAGCAAUAUGGCGAAGCAUUCCGCAGAUCUGGCGGAGGCCGUAGUAGAGGCGGAAAUCUUUCCGGACGUGCUAACGCACGUGGCUUAUCCGGACGAAAGUAUCAGUAGAAUUGCAACUACUUUGAUCAAAGAAAUUUGCAAGCACAAACUGGAAUUGGCGCAACUCGUAGCGAAUUUUGGAGGUAUCGCCACGCUUGUCCAAUUGAUCAGUACUUCACGAUCGACGGCAAGAUUAUCAGCGAUUACGGCACUCGGCUACAUCGCUGGUCAUUCCGAUCAACUAGCGAUGGCUGUAAUAGGAUCUAAAGCAAUCGUACACCUGGCGAUUGUUUUGCAAGAAAGUACGGAAGAUCAUGUUCUCACGGUGACUGUGUGGGCAAUCGGACAAAUCGGUAAACACACAGCCGAACAUGCGAAAACAGUCGCAGUUGCGAAUAUACUAUUCAAAUUAUUAGAGUUACACAACAAUCCAAGAAGCUCGGAAGAUCUCAAGGCAAAAUGUAAUGCAGCGUUAAAACAAAUCCUGCAAAAGUGCACGUAUAUUGAAGCCCUUGAACCUAUGUUACAUGAUGUAUCUCCUAAUAUUUUGAAGUACGUGCUAGGACAGUUCAGUAAGAUCUUACCAAAUGACGCGAGAGCGAGAAGAUUGUUCGUAACAUCAGGUGGCUUAAAAAAAGUACAGGAGAUUCAAGCUGAGCCUGGCACCACAAUCUCUGAAUACAUAACGAUCAUCAAUUGCUGUUUUCCGGAAGAAAUCAUCAGAUACUAUUCACACGGUUAUCCUGACAGUCUUCUGGAAGCUGUGGAACAAUAUCAACCAAAAUGUAUAUUUUUAUUUGAUCAUAAAUCAUCGUCUGAUCCUACGGAUUCCAGUUUGUCCGCAUUAUUUGACAACGAUGAGAAUAAUAAAUAUUGAAAUUUUGAAAUGGAUCAUCUGCUGAUUGGAUCGAC